AUGCUGAUAUUUUCUAUCUUGUCAUAUUUGGUUAGCGCAAAAUUGCAAAUCUUUAUUGAUGGGCAAUCGAAGAAUUUGAAUUACUCGUUAGCAAAUUUUGGACAUAUUCCAUAUGGACGCACAUUGGGUGGAUUUUUGAUAGCACCCAAAGAAAUCGAAGAUAACUAGUUAGAUCUAUGCAACAAAUCGAAUCUCCAGCCAUUAUCAGAUUAGGGGAAUGUUUGGAUUGUCGCCCGAAUUGGGAAUUGCUCAGCGACCACAAAAGCAUAUGUGGCACAGGAAUUGGGAGCUCAGUUGUUGGUGAUUAUAAGUAACAAGGUGAGUUUGACCAACGGAAUGGAGUUGAACAAUGAUGGGAUGGGUUUCAAGGUGCAUAUCCCAACAAUUGAGAUUAGCAAAUCGGAUGGUGAAUAAAUAUUAAAGGAAACUGCGAGUUCAGAGGAUCCACGACAAUAUGCAAUAAUAUCAUUCAAUGAUUCAAAGAAAGUCGAAAAACCUGAAGUAAUUUUGUUCAUCACCCUUAAUGAUAAGGCAGGCUUUAAAUUUAUAAGGGAAUUUCAGUAAUACUAUAAAAUAUUGGAGAAAAAGGUGAAGUUUUCCAUAAGUUUUGAAGUAGAAGUGAACAAGAGAGAUAAAAGAUUGAAUUUCACACAGCCAAACGAUCAAUGCAUGGGAGGUGGAAGAUAUUGCAUGCAAUCAAGGGGAGAUGGUUAAGGUAGAUUGAUAAUAGAGGAGCAAUUGAGACAGCAUUGUAUUUGGAUUAACAAUGAAACUCAAUGGUUUGAGUAUAUGGAUUAUUUCGAUAAGAAUUGUUUUAAGGUUCUAAAUUACGCAGCCUGUUCGAGUGAGAGUUAGAUAGCCUAACAGAAGGUAGUGAAGGAUUGUGUGGAGAAUUCGUAUGAGAAGGACUCAAAAAAGGCAAAGGAAUUAAAAGAAAACACAAUAAUGGAUUAUUGGGUCGGAAACAAAUCAUUAAGUGGAAUAAUAUAUUUCCCAGGAGUUCUAGUGAAUGGCAAGCCUUACCAUGGUAAUUUGGAGGCUGAGAGUGUUACUGAGGACAUAUGCAGCAACAUGUUGGAUUAAUCAGUUUGUUCGGCUUUGUAAUAAUCAGAAGAUGAUUCUCCAAAUAGUGGAAGUGAAAUCAAUUGGGCUAUGAUUGCAUUCGCAGUAGUGAGUUGUAUACUUUUUGGUUUGUUCUUGUUUAUGUGUUAUAGAAGGAGAUUGAAGAUGUAGAUGCAAUAGGAAUUGGGUUAAUAAGUAAAUGAGAUGGUCAGUCAAUACAUAAAGUUUUAUGAAACAAAAAAUGAGAAAUGA